UCAGUUCUCUGCAGUGGUCGCUUGGAAUAUAUUUGCAGCUGACAUUUUUAUUGGAUUUCCCCAGAUUUCACAGUCUAACCUGUGAUGCUAAAGGACUGCUUGCUCAUAAAGGACAGGCUGUGACUUCUAGGAACUCUAAACAAAAUGUAGAGAUGAAUUGUACAUCAGUCUCUUAACAGUUUGUUGUGCAGAUUUCUGCUAUCUAGAAAUUUGAUAAGGACGAUGGAAACACUAUUAUUUUUUAAUCUCUAUGACUUUUUUUUCCCGGUAAGAUUGGCAAUGGGAAAAACAUAAAAACAACCAGAAGAAUACCACAGAAUCUUACGGUGCCUUCUAGAUAGAAAAGAUUGCUGUUAUUCCAUCCACCAAAUGGCACAGAUGGGUGUUGGCGAAGGAAAAUCAAUUGGAGAAUGGUUUGGACCAAAUACAGUUGCUCAAGUACUCAAUGUUGGGAUGGAACAAAACACCACUUGUGCUCCCGAGGCCUCCAUCGUUCUCCCUAGAGCCCUGAAGUCUCUUCUGAUCUGCGCUGUGCCGGAAACACUUUGUCAGGAAGGCCCUGUGCAAGAGCGAGGUUGGAAGCACAACGGAGCGAGAGCUCGGCACACUUCAGGGUGUACCCAAAAGACCCAAUGUCUUGACAGCUUUGGUGGAAAACUCAUUCCUGGAUCGGAAGCAUGGCUUCGGUGUUUUCUUCUACUAUGGCUGGAAGCUCCUAGGUGAAGGCAAAAAAAGACG